AAAUGUCCUUUUUUUUUAUAACACAUUUCUUCUUGUCCUUAUUUGUAGAUUUCAUCACCAGAGCCUCUGUUUGUACAUAAAAAAAAAAAACUAAUUAAAAUCUCUAAACUUAGCAAAUAUCAAAAGGAGUCCAAAAUCAUUCAUCCCUAUUUCAACGCCUCUUGGUUUUUAUAAAAUCAGAGACGAAAAGGCAAAACAGAAAAAAAAAGAGCUCAGUUCCUCGUUACUGUCGGAGAAAGAAAAGGUUUGGUUGAACAAUGAAGGGAGCGACACUCGUUGCUCUCGCCGCCACUAUCGGCAAUUUCUUGCAAGGAUGGGACAAUGCCACUAUUGCUGGAGCUAUGAUCUAUAUCAACAAAGACAUGAAUCUACCAACCUCUGUUCAAGGUCUUGUUGUAGCCAUGUCAUUGAUCGGUGCAACGGUCAUCACCACUUGCUCUGGACCCAUCUCUGAUUGGCUAGGGAGACGCCCCAUGCUGAUUUUAUCAUCAGUUAUGUAUUUCCUCAGCGGUUUGAUAAUGUGGUGGUCCCCAAAUGUCUAUGUUCUGUGUUUAGCUAGGCUUCUUGAUGGGUUUGGUGCUGGUCUUGCGGUUACUCUUGUCCCUGUUUACAUCUCUGAGACCGCUCCUCCGGAGAUCAGAGGACAGCUCAACACUCUUCCUCAGUUUCUUGGCUCUGGUGGGAUGUUUUUGUCUUACUGUAUGGUUUUCACUAUGUCACUUAGCGAGGCUCCUAGCUGGAGAGGGAUGCUUGGUGUCCUCUCGAUACCUUCUCUUGUGUAUUUGUUUUUCACUGUGUUUUAUUUGCCUGAGUCUCCUCGUUGGUUGGUUAGUAAAGGAAGAAUGGAUGAAGCUAAGAAAGUGCUUCAACAGUUAUGUGGGAGAGAAGAUGUUACCGAUGAGAUGGCUUUGCUUGUUGAAGGACUAGACAUAGGAGGAGAGAAAACAUUAGAGGAUCUCUUAGUAACUUUGGAUGAUCAUGAAACACUUGAAACCGUUGACGAGGACGGACAAAUGAGGCUUCUUGGAACACAUGAGAAUCAAUCUUACAUUGCUAGACCUGUCCCUGAACAACAGAGCUCACUAUUUCUACGUUCUCGCCACGGAAGCUUAGCAAACCAGAGCAUGAUCCUCAAAGACCCCCUUGUUGGUCUAUUCGACAGCCUCCACGAGAAGAUGCCUGAAGCAGGUGGAGGAGGAAACACAAGGAGUGGGAUCUUCCCUCAUUUCGGAAGCAUGUUCAGCACUAACGCUGACAUGCCUCACGGGAAGCCAGCUCACUGGGAGAAAGACGUAGAAGGCCAAUUCAACAAAGACCAUGAUGACUACGCAACCGAUGAUAAUGCAGCUGAUGAUGACUCAGACAACGAUCUUCGCAGCCCGUUGAUGUCUCGCCAGACAACCAGCAUGGACAAGGACAUGAUCCCACACCCUACAGGAGGAAGCACGCUGAGCAUGAGACGCCACAGCACACUUACUGGAGAAUCCAACAUGGGAAUAGGUGGUGGUUGGCAUAUGGGAUAUAGAUAUGACAAUGGUGAAUACAAAAGGUAUUAUCUCAAAGAAGACAAUGCAGAGUCUCGCCGUGGCUCGAUCAUUUCUCUUCCUGGUGGUCAAGAUGGAGGAGGCAGCUACAUUCACGCUUCAGCACUUGUGAGCAAAUCAGUUCUUGGUCCUAAAUCAAUCCAUGGAUCUGCCAUGGUUCCUCCUGAGAAAACCGCUCCUACAGGACCACUCUGGUCUGCUCUUCUUGAACCUGGUGUCAAGCGUGCGUUGGUUGUUGGUGUUGGGAUUCAGAUACUGCAACAGUUUUCAGGUAUCAAUGGAGUUCUUUACUACACUCCUCAGAUUCUUGAACGUGCUGGUGUAGACAUUCUUCUUUCAAGCUUUGGACUAAGUUCUAUCUCUGCGUCGUUCCUCAUCAGCGGGUUAACAACUUUACUCAUGCUUCCAUCUAUUGUUGUUGCCAUGAGACUCAUGGAUGUCUCCGGAAGAAGGGCAUUACUUCUCUGGACCAUCCCUGUUCUGAUCCUCUCACUAAUCGUCCUAGUCAUCAGCGAGCUUGUCCACAUCAGCAAAGUUGUAAACGCAGCGCUCUCCACAGCCUGUGUGAUACUCUACUUCUGCUUCUUCGUGAUGGGUUACGGUCCCAUUCCAAACAUCCUCUGUUCUGAAAUCUUCCCAACAAGAGUUCGUGGUCUCUGCAUUGCUAUCUGCGCCAUGGUGUUUUGGAUUGGAGACAUUAUCGUCACUUACUCGCUUCCUGUUCUCCUAAGCUCGAUAGGACUCGUUGGUGUGUUCAUCAUUUACGGUGCGGUUUGCGUUAUCUCGUGGAUCUUUGUUUACAUGAAGGUCCCGGAGACUAAAGGUAUGCCUUUGGAGGUUAUUACAGACUACUUUGCCUUUGGUGCUCAGGCUCAAGCUUCUGCUCCUGAGAAGGAUAUAUAG